AUGACAGAAUUGGACUGUGCAAACCUGCCCUACCUACGGUGUGUGGCCAAGGAGUCACUCAGAUUGCACCCUCCAACCCCACUCAUGCUUCCUCACCGUGCCAGUACGAAUGUGAAGAUUGGAGGGUACGACAUCCCCAAGGGCUCAACUGUGCACGUCAACGUGUGGGCAGUUGCUCGUGACCCCGAGGUGUGGAAGAACCCCUUGGAGUUUCGGCCGAGGUUACUUGAGGACGAUGUUGAGAUAAAAGGACAUGAUUUUAGGCUUCUGCCAUUUGGUGCUGGGAGGAGAAUAUGCCCGGGCGCACAAUCCAUGCUAGGUCGCCUUCUGCACCACUUCAAACGGGGUGAGCCUAGAAGCCAUCAACAUUGCAGAGAGACCUGGCGUGGUCACCUUCAUGGGCACUCCGUUGGAGGCAGUGGCUACUCCGAGAUUACCGGGGAACUUGUACCAACGUGUCGCGGUUGA